GUGAGACUAGAGGACUUGGGAGGAGCUUACGCUGGGCUUGAAAUGUCAAUCACAGUGUGAGUGCCAAUGAUCUGAAGCAAUCUGCUAGGAACUGACCUGGUCCACGCAGAUCAAUAGCACCAGAGGGAGAGGACAGAGCCACCGAGAUCCCUGCUGGAACCCUAGAAGCCCGGUUCCCCCCUUCCUGGGUCGCUUGAUGUGUAGGGAGACGGGCAAGCAAACUCAGGUCAUAGAAGGGGAUUCCCUGCGCCUCCGGCUGCACCAUGUCCUUCCCACAGCUGGGCUACCAGUACAUCAGACCUCUAUACCCCUCGGACAGGCAGAACGUGGGGGGCACCAGGAGCGGAACUGAACUCUCUCCGGCCGGGACUCUUUCUAAUGUUCUCUCCUCGGUGUACGGAACUCCCUACGCUGCAGCCGCCGCGGCACAAGCCUAUGGAGCCUUCCUGCCCUACAGCGCGGAGCUGCCCAUCUUCCCCCAGUUGGGCUCACAGUAUGAAAUGAAGGACAGUCCGGGGGUCCAGCAUGCCGCCUUCUCCCACCCCCACGCAGCCUUUUAUCCCUACGGACAGUACCAGUUUGGAGAUCCGUCAAGGCCCAAAAACGCUACCAGAGAGAGCACAAGUACCCUUAAGGCCUGGCUCAACGAGCACAGAAAGAACCCAUAUCCGACCAAGGGCGAGAAGAUCAUGCUUGCCAUCAUCACUAAAAUGACCCUCACACAGGUGUCCACCUGGUUUGCUAACGCAAGGAGGAGACUUAAAAAGGAGAACAAAAUGACUUGGGCCCCCAGGAGCCGAACUGAUGAGGAAGGUAACGCUUACGGCAGCGACCAUGAAGAAGACAAGCAUGAUGACGACGAGGAGAUUGACCUGGAGAACAUCGACACUGAGGACAUUGAGAGUAAGGAAGACUUGGAUGACCCAGACACUGAUAUACACUCGGACUCUAAAACUGAUGCCAGGAGUGACUCGGAAGCCUCGGAUGGGUUUGAGGACCUGAAUGCCCCUGAGGACAGACUUCUCAAGUCAGUGGUUGGUCAAAGGCAGGUGUUAAAUGAGGAGCCCCAGGACAAGUGUGCACUUUCUUCUGAUGCUAAAGCUUCCCAGCCUGCGUGUGAGCAGAUCAAACUGGACAGAAUCCCCUCUAGUCCUCCUCUGGAGAACAACAUUCCCGCGGCCCACAAACCCAAAAUCUGGUCACUGGCAGAGACAGCAACAACCCCAGAUAACCCACGCAGGUCCCCCAACACGGGUGGCUCAGUGAACACUCAAAACCUGAUUGCACAACACAGACUUAUCGCCUCCCCAGGGAGCAGGUUCCAGGGUUGGACUGGAAGAGCAUUCUCUGCUCAGCAGUUGUCUUUACUAAACUCUGCUCAUUUUCUGCAAGGACUGAGCGUCUCUCACACAGCCCUGGGCUCUGGCACUGCAAGUUUCCCUAAGGCCGCCGAGCCCAAGCACAGCACAGACUCUCUAACAGAUCGAUCCAGUACAGUGGACAUAGAGAAAAAAAUACCUGUAUUAAAUACAGCUUUCCAACCAGUGCAACGAAGGUCACAAAAUCAGCUGGACGCUGCCAUGAUCCUUUCCGCUCUAUCCUCAUCCUAACAGUGUAUUUUAUAUUUAUAUUUUCUUCUUUUUUAACUAUUCGAAUGACUGUAAAAUAUUUCUAUGCUGGGUAGUAACGCCUUGUAAGCAUGUCUGUGGAUAAAAUGGAACAAAAAUUGUUUCUAUUCUCUUAUGCAGACCAGAGUUCGUAUGGUUUGUCUUGUGCUAAUUAAACGUCGGUCAUUUUUGUAUAUAUAGUACAAAUGUAAAUAUGUGUUUAAACCAAAUUGUACAAAUAAGUAUAUAUUUUUGGUUAAUAAAUUCUUCACAAUUUA